AUGGAGCGGGACCGCGCCGAGCCUACACCGCGGCGGUCCCGACCAGACCGACGGCACGUGGCGAUGCCUGGGAGAGGUAUCCAGGCAUCCGAACGGCUCCGGAAGGCUUGGGACGAACGGAUGGCCGUGUUCGUUGAGUGGCGUGGCGCCGGUGUGGCAGCGCACGCAGCGUACAGCGCAAGUCUGGAGGUGCCGAGCUUCAAAGCAACGCUGCCAGACUUGUCACCCUCCUCGGGCAAGGAGCCCAGGGAACGGAACCGCCAGGUCGGACCGGCCGAGUUCACGGGUUCACGGGCAGAAGACGGGUUCGUGGAACUUGCAGGAGCCGGUGGUUUUGGAGACGAAGCUGACCUUGGAUUUCGAUGCCGGGAGCCCCACGAAGCUGACCGGACCACGACGGGCGGUUUGAGUCCGGGUGGCGAGGCUGACCAUGACAGAAGCAUGCCCACUCCGCCCUUGGCCAAACCACUUCAGACGUCGACGUCCUGGUCCUCGCCGUCACCGAAGCCCAACCAGUUUCGGCCCAUCCCGGUGCCUGCCGUUCCAGUCAAUGGCACACAAGUACUACCACUCGCACAGGGAGGUCAGAUGAGCGGCUCCCUUUCGGUACCCAUCAGCCGACCAGGCCCCUGCGUCAAUGGCACAGUGCCAGGUCUCGCUGGAUCGAUGACGAUUCCAGGAAGUCCAGGCAACAUGGCUGGUUCGAUGAGACUUCCGCUAGCGGAAGAAUUGGCGGGCUCGAUGAGAAUCCCGUCCAGCCCGGGGCGUGCUGCAGGCGCGGUGGAAGCACCUCAUCCAGGCCAUGCACCGCCCUUGUGGGCGGCACCUGCGGCACCUAGAGGUAGUCUGCCUGGCGCUGUGCCACUUGCAGCCACUGCGCCAGGCUAUUUGGCCAACCCUUGCGCUCCCACUAGCCCACCACCAGGCUCAGGACGGCCCAUCUUCGCGCGGAGCGUCACGCCCCCGGCGGCACCGGCCGGCCCCUACCAGGGUGUUUCGCCCCUGCCAGCGAUGCCAGCCUUCCUGAAGAGGCCAGAGUCUCCCAUGAUGAACCACUUGCGGCGCUUGGGAACGAUGAACUCCAGCCCCGAAUACCAGCACUUGCUGAACAUUGUCAUGACGCAAGAGCAGGCAAAGCAGGAACUGCUGGAGCGCUUGGAGGAGACCGAGCGGCAACUGCAGCAGCUCCGUCUGGAGAAUCAGCAGCUCCGGGGAGCGGGUGGCAUGCGUCGCACGGGCUCGACGGCGUCCAAGCUUACCAUGGGCUCGGUCGCCGAGAACAAGGAAGCGCCCGAGAACGCCUCGCGCGCACGGUCCGGCUCGAUGAGGAUGCGCCGGAGCAAUUCCUCGAGGCCACGCUUCACCGAUGCCCUGGUGGUGCCCUUCUCCAACAAGGAAGGGCUACAGGAGAAGUAUGCCGUGGACUGGCAGACCUGUUUGCAUGUUGGCACCCUGAACGGCUUACAGUCUGGUGAAAAUUUGACCAUCAGCCGCUUCUUCAAAGGGAAGUCCAAGAGCAACUCCGCCCAGCGGGUGAUCAAGGCCGUGCGAAAAGCCCAGGUGCCUUUCUUCCGGCUCUUGGAGCAGCACAUCGGCGACCAACGUGCCUUAGAUCAUCCUCACCUCUGCCGCUUGCAUGAUGCCUUUGAGGAUGAGCAGCACGUCUUUCAAGUCUACGAGUUCCUUUCUGGCCCUUCACUGCUGGAGAAGAUCCUCUCCGACGUGCAGUUCUGCGAGCGCGACGCGGCGGCGGCCACCAAAAGCAUUCUCAUGGCCAUCAGCUAUCUCCACAGCCUUUCCAUUGCACAUCAGAACGUGCACCUGGAGAACAUGCGCUUCGCGACGCAACCUCGAAAGAAGGAGUCGGGAAGUUGCUACAGUGAUCAGUUGAAGCUGAUGGAUUUGGGCUUGAGCCUCAACCGGAAGCUGAUCCCCGGCAUCCUCAACGCCGCCUCCCAGCCCGUCACGGAGACCAACGCCACGCUGCCGCUCCUGGCACCUUUGGGCAUCCUGAAUUCCUUAGGCUCCAUGUGCUUGCCGCCCGAGAGCCAGGGCGUGUGUAGCUCCUACGCCCAGUUGGCGACGGCGGCGCCCUGCAUGCUGCGACGGACCGAUUCGAUGGCCAGAUCUCCAUCACCGACGCUGCAGCGGGGGAACUCACAGGAACUAAGCUCCAUUAGCUCCUUGGGCCAAGACUCCUCGGCACAGCGAGCACAGGACUUGCUGCUUUUGCUGCAAGCAGGUGACGUUUGGUCCACUGGCUGUAUCCUGCACAUCCUGCUUUCCGGUCAAAUCCCCAUGGUCGAGGAGGGUGACAAGGGAACCGAGCCCAAGCUGCCGCUCCUGGCCUCCUCGUCUUCACCCGCGGUGGAGAUCUGUGCGCAACUGCUGCACGGGAUGCCCCGGAAGCGGGCCACGGCCGAAAUGGCCUUGGAGCACUCCUGGUUUGCUCAGUGUGAAAGCAUUCAGAAAGCCCACAGGUCGCAAAAGAAGAAUAUGUCGUUGACCACGGCGCGUGCCGCGGAGUUCUGGGAACGGCUGCGACAGACGUUUGGGCACCCAGCACCGUGGUUCCGAGACGGUGUUUGGUGGUUUGAUGCAGGAGUUGAAAUCUUAUUGCUGCUUUGGGCUUGGCUAAAGUGUUGGUCGGACAUGAUCUCUAAUGGCUACAUGGUCUACGAGCAAUUUCCUCAGCCUGGCGGGCCAGAUAUCAAGUUUUUGGCACCACUGGCCGUGCUAGUGGUGGGGCUGUUCAUGACCAACUUGCUUGGAUGUGUGCAUUUUGUUCGACAGGGUCUUUGGCCUGAGGCAUGCAUUGCGGCCGUGGACAUAGACACUCCAUACUUAGCCUACCAACAUGGAAAGCAAGCGGUGCAAGGCCAGAACUGUCCUGAGUGGGAAGCACUUCGGCUGCGCAACUCACCUUGGCGCAGCCUGCCACUGGCCAUGGUGACCUUCAUGUUAGCUUUCCGAGUCAUCUUUGAGAUUCCUGCUUGCCGAGCAAUAGCCACACUUUCGGCGUUGGCAGUUGGAACUUUUCCUCACCUCAGUAGCGAGUCUUUGUGGGUACAGGACAUGGAGCGGGAUGGGCUGAAUGCAACGGAACUCUCCUUCGUUCGCAACAUCAAGGACAUGGCAGAAAAGGUUCCUUCAAAUUUCAGUGAAUCAGGCAGAGACAGUGCCAGCAAGGCCUUGAAAAUUGAGGGUGAGGCAUGGACUGCUUGCCACUGCAGCGAUUCACAAUGGCAAAUUGCAAAGCUUGGCGAAAGCCAAGAUGCUGUACAAAACUGGGUCGGGCGUUCAGUUGUCCUUGACCUGGACAGAAGCGAGCUUGGAGGUAUUGGUUCAGGCAACCUUUUGGCCAUGAACUUUGUCUUCUUUCAGAGAAUGAAAGCAGAUGCAAUGGAAAAGGAGAGUUUCUUGAGACCUCAAGUCGUAAGACUCGUCGCAGCACAGCACUUCAGCUUUGCGGUGGGUUUUCUUCGUGGUUUAAUGCGCGACUUGCCUUGGGAAGACCUUGUGGAAAACUUGAUGACAUCGGUCGCAGGCAGCCUACAGAAGACAGGAAGCAUAAUCUCCGCUGUAACUUUGGACAGACCAUGGACCUUGAGCGUCAGUGACAACUUCACCUUGCAGAUAGACAACGGGUGGAAGCUGCACCUGUUCCAAACGUUCACAUUGCUUUUGGUGGCAAUGCUGCCUGUUCGCAAGAGGAUCCUUUCAUCAUUUCAAAGGCCUAGCCAGCUACUCAAGGGCUUAGUGACGUUGCAUAUGAGUCUGGACAUUGCAUGCGUCGCGACAAGCUGGAUCCUUUGUGCCUUGAAACCUUCUGCUUACCACCUUGGAAACUUAGCGAAGACGAUGAUAGAUGAGUCUUGGAGAAUGGCAAAGCAACUCAUUGAAUCUUCGAGCGCUAUAUCUCCAAAAGACUGGCCAAAGGCCAUGCCCGGAUGGUAUGCUGAAGCCUUGAUAAAGAUUUGCGCGAGGGCAUAUCAGAUCCUCAGUGCCGACUUUGUGCCAUCCCUUGCAUGGGACUGGCGGUUCUUUCUUCAGCUUGCCGCUGGCUCCCUGCUUUUCAUAGCAAUUUCAGCAGCACUGGCCUACAUUCUUUGUCAGGACCUGACUACUUCUCUACCUGUUGGCGUUUGUGGGCCACUUUGGCUUGUCACUGGGGAGAUAAAGAGCGUGAAGGGCUUGAAGACAACCACUAGAGCGGCGUUCAUCCUGAUGCUCUCCCGCACCAUGCUUCUUGGUACCAUUGUUGCUUUGACAUGGAGUUCCGUGGACGCGUUCUCACUGCAGUUCUUUUUUGCUGGGAUCUGCAACAGGGUCUUCAACGUGAUCGCAUUGAAGGGACUUUGGCUGGGUGUGCUGGCGUUGCAUUGCAUGUCCGGCCUUGCAGCCAUUUUCUUUGCGCAAAGAAGCCUGGAGAUGCAAGAAGAGAUGGAGGAGAGUCGGUUCCACUCGGUGCGGAACGUGCGUCGCAUCCAGGGACUGAUGAUCCCCGGACCCGAGGAGGACAACGGGGAUCCCGAGACCAAUGCCCGAGCGGCGGCGGACGCGAUGUGUGCCGAGGCCUUCGAGUGGUUGCUCUAUACCUCGGGCGCGACCGCGGCGGGCGGCAUCCCCCUGCGGAAGUUGAAUUCUAUGAUCCAGAGCGUGAUCCAAAGCGAGAAAUCCAACAUCCCACGGCAUGAACUGGAGAUGCUCAAGGUGGAUACCUUGAUCUCCAGCAGCCAAUUCGCCGAGAUGAUUUGGGCCACCUGUGCCUAA